AUCAAAACCUGGCUAAGUCGUUCACGUGCCCAUGCAGAUAGGUUGGGUGAAACCGAAGGCAGGUUAUUUUUGUACCUUCUGGUCUUGUAGAUUCUUGUUCAGGCCUUUUGUUCCAUCUUCACAAUUUUGUAGUGCUGUCAUGAAGACGCUUACAGUAACUGUCUCGUCCUCUCAGCCUCCCCCAGUAACACUUCUUACUGUUGAGCAUCUUAAGGAAAAAUGUCCUGUGACAGUGGAGUGGGGUGAGAAUACUUCUCUCAGGAUCUCCAAUGACCUAAUACUGAGCAGCGAUCAUUCAAUUGCAAGAUAUUUGGCUCGCAAGUAUCCUGCCUUGGGUCUGUAUGGAAAAGAUACACUUCAAGCUUCAGAGGUUGACCACUGGCUGGAGUUUAGUAUAAAGUCUGUGGAAAACCAGAAGACACACAGCAAGGCUCUUGAGUCCUUAAACAAGAGCCUUGCACCAGUUGCAUUCCUUGUUGGGCACUCUGUGACACUAGCUGACUUUGCUGUGUGGGGUGCAUUAAAAGUGAAGGGCAAAGUUGAAACCCUGAGCCAACCAGGUUGCAGUUUUGAGCAUAUUGCCCGAUGGUUGACAUUUUGUGGAGCCCAGCCACCCUUCUGCAAUGUUUCAGAUAAACUUCCAAGUCAGGCUCAAACUGAUCCUUCUCAAUUGGGUACAAAAAUGAAGUCAGAAGGCAAGUAUGUCAAUCUUCCUGGAGCAUCCCAGGGAAAUGUAGUGACAAGGUUUCCACCUGAAGCUAGUGGUUAUCUUCACAUCGGCCAUGCUAAAGCUGCUUUGUUAAAUCAAUAUUACAAGAACAUGUAUGAUGGCAAAAUGAUCAUGAGGUUCGAUGAUACCAACCCUGCUAAGGAGAAUGCUGAAUUUGAGAAGGUCAUUCUGGAAGAUCUCAAAAUGUUGAAGGUCAAACCAGAUAUGUUCACGCACACUUCAGACCACUUUGACACAAUCAUGACGUUUGCUGAGAAGAUGAUCAGAGAGGGAAAAGCUUAUGCAGAUGACACUGCUGCAGACAAGAUGAAGGAAGAGAGAGAACAGCGUAUCAAGUCUGCCAACAGGGAUAACUCGGUAGAGAAGAACCUUGAAAUUUGGGAAGAGAUGAAGAAAGGAACAGAGUAUGGCCAAAGAUUUGCCCUAAGAGCCAAGCUCGAUUACCAGUCAGAAAAUGGCUGCAUGAGAGAUCCAACUAUUUAUCGAUGUAAGCCAGAGGAACAUGUGCGAACUGGAACAAAAUACAAAGUGUAUCCCACAUACGAUUUCGCUUGCCCCAUUGUGGACAGUAUUGAGGGAGUAACUCACGCCCUGAGAACCACAGAGUACCAUGACCGUGAUCCACAGUAUUAUUGGUUUAUUGAGCAGUUGGGCAUCCGAAAGCCAUAUAUUUAUGAAUUCAGCCGGCUCACGCUGCAAAACACUGUCAUGUCAAAAAGAAAGCUGACCUACCUCGUAGAUCAAGGAUAUGUCGAGGGAUGGGAAGAUCCAAGAUUUCCCACAGUUCGUGGCGUGCUCAGACGAGGAAUGACUGUGGAAGGGUUGAGAGAGUUUAUUGUGUUGCAGGGUUCAUCGAAAGCGAAUGUUCAUAUGGAGUGGGAUAAGAUUUGGGCUCUUAACAAAAAGGUCAUUGAUCCCAUAGCACCAAGAUACACAGCUCUCUCAAAGAGCGAUGUUGUGCCUGUGUAUAUCCCUGAGGCCCAAGAGGAGAUAAAAUUAUGCCCGUUGCAUCCUAAGAACCCCAGCGUGGGUAGCAAAGAAGUCUGGUACGGGCCAAAAGUUUUCAUCGAGGGAGAGGAUGCUGCCGCGCUUUCUGAAGGGGAAAUGGUCACACUAAUGAACUGGGGCAACGCUAAGGUCACAAAGAUUAACAAGAAUCCAUCUGGAGGAGUGAAAUCAGUCGAAGCAGAGUUGCAUCUCGAUAACAAGGAUUUUAAGAAAACGGCUAAACUAACAUGGAUCGCAGAGUCUGCCAAAGCACCACUGCUUCCUACGAUCGCGGUCGAAUUCGAUGACGUCAUCUCCAAGCCUAUUCUCACAAAGAAUGAUGACUUCAAGAACUAUAUCAACAAAGAUUCUAAGCAUGAGACAGAAAUGUUUGGAGAUCCUGCAAUGGCUUCACUAAAGAAAGGAGACAUUAUCCAGCUUCAGCGGCGAGGCUAUUUUAUUUGUGACCAACCUUACGAGCCACCAAGUCGUUACACCGGUCGUGAAAAUCCAUGCAUCUUGUUCUCUGUCCCUGAUGGUCACACCAAACCGUCGCCAACUGGAGGCGCCAAAGCUAAGGAGACAGGAGGCCACAAGAAAAGUGAGAAGAAGAGUGACAGUAAAAAGAAAGACAAAGGGGAAAGCGUCAAACCAUCUGCUGCAAUGAAUGGAACAGACUCCCCAAAGCCUACUGCAUCUCCUGAACAAGUUGAAAAACUUAAAAGUGAAAUAACUGUACAAGGGGACAAAGUUCGCAAUCUCAAGUCUGGUGGAGCCCCCAAGGAGGAAGUUGAUGCAGCAGUUGCAGAGCUACUGAGGUUAAAAGGAGAGUAUAAAAAUCUUACAGGAGAAGAUGUUGCUGGUGGUGGGAGAGGAAAGAAAGAGAAAAAGAAAGAAAGUGGAAAAGAAAAUGCUAAAAAAGAUUCAAAACCUGUUAAUAAACAGGAAAAAACAGUGACUGAGAAUGGUGAUGCCGACAGUGGAGCUAAGAAAAUCACUAGGCUGGGUCUGGAGGCUAAGAAAGAAGAAAACCUGAGUGAUUGGUUUUCUCAGGUCAUAACAAAGUCAGAAAUGAUUGAGUACUAUGAUGUCAGUGGCUGUUACAUCCUGAGGCCUUGGUCCUAUGCCAUAUGGGAGCGUAUAAGAGAUUUUUUCGACAGUGAAAUAAAAAAGCUUGGAGUGGAGAAUGUAUAUUUCCCCAUGUUUGUGUCCCAGUCAGCUCUGGAGAAGGAGAAAACACACAUUGCAGACUUUGCACCAGAGGUUGCAUGGGUAACAAAGUCUGGCCAAUCAGAACUGGCAGAACCAAUUGCGAUCAGACCAACCAGUGAGACAGUUAUGUAUCCAGCUUAUGCCAAGUGGAUCAAGUCACACAGAGAUCUGCCUCUGAAACUUAAUCAAUGGAAUAAUGUUGUGAGAUGGGAGUUCAAACAUCCUCAGCCUUUCCUUAGAACUCGCGAGUUUCUCUGGCAAGAGGGACACUCUGCCUUUGCUACAUACGAUGAAGCUGUUGAAGAAGUGUACACAAUUUUAGAUCUUUACCGUCAAGUUUACACCGAUCUCCUGGCCAUUCCGGUCAUCAAAGGAAAGAAAACCGAGAAGGAAAAAUUCGCAGGAGGUGACUUUACUACAACAGUAGAAAUCUACAUAUCAGCCAGUGGACGAGGAAUCCAGGGUGCGACGUCCCAUCAUUUAGGACAGAACUUCUCCAAGAUGUUCGACAUCGUAUUUGAGGAUCCAGAUCCAGCAAAACAGGACAAAAGAUUCGUGUAUCAGAAUUCCUGGGGUCUCACUACUCGAACAGUUGGUGUCAUGACAAUGGUACAUGGCGACAAUCAAGGACUUGUACUGCCUCCUCGUGUUGCGUCAAUUCAGGCCGUGAUUGUUCCCUGUGGUUUAACUGUCAACCUUCCCGAAGACGAGAAAACCAAGCUUCUAGACAAGUGUAAACAAUUAGAGCAGAGGCUCAAAGCCGCUGGAGUGAGAGCCAAAGGCGACUACAGGGAUAAUUAUUCUCCAGGAUGGAAAUUUAAUCAUUGGGAAUUGAAGGGUGUGCCUCUUCGUAUCGAAGUUGGACCUCGUGAUCUGAAGUCCGAACAGGCUGUCUUGGUACGGAGAGAUACUGGAGAAAAGCGUGUUAUCAAGCAAGCUGGUAUUGAGAAAGAAAUUCCAGAAACUUUGGAGCGUGUUCAUUCCGACAUGUACCAGAGAGCUAAAGAAGAUCUGGAUGCAAAUCUUGCUGUAGCUCACACCUGGACUGAGUUCAAUGCUAUGCUGGAUAAACAAAAGAUCAUCCAAGCGCCGUUCUGUGGCGACGGUUCUUGCGAGGGCAGAAUUAAGAAGGACAGUGCAAGGGACCAAGAUUUAGAGCCUGGUGCACCAUCAAUGGGGGCAAAGAGUUUGUGCAUUCCGUUCGACCAGCCCAUGGAGAUCACUGCUGACACAAAAUGCGUAUACCCUGGGUGCCCACAGGCGCCAAAAUGUUACACACUUUUCGGCAGGAGUUAUUAAGACCUCGCUCAGUCUUCCAAAGAAUUUCUUUUUCUCCAAGAAACCUUAAAUUCUAAUGAUAAAUUUUUCCCCGAUGUCUUCGAGUCCUCUUCAGGUGUGGAGUCAAAUGAGUGGUGCAGUUUUCAUGCACAGGUUUCUGGAAUGCUUGAAGCUCCUAGUUUUACUAGAAUCGAAACCAGUCUUAGCAAUUUUCAUCAGUUUCGUAGCGAGUUUAUCUAAGUCCAGGGAAAGUAAGUAACUUUUGGCACCGUGCGUCAAACAACGUAUCUUAGGUGGGAAAUUAGAAUCUUCAUCAAAGGAAAAGUAAAUUAACGAGAUAAUAAACGAGAUAUCUGAAACAUGCAACCAAGGGAAGCUUUGUAAGCUCGUGAGAAGAGAUACUUGGUUUGUCUGCAUCCUGAUUUACGCUAGUUGUUAGAUAGCUCUAGCUGGUUAUUUCAAGCAUAUAGUAAAUGUACUGUCUCUCCAUACGGAGAUCUUAACCCUUGGAGCGUAGAUUGUGACAGAGUUAAUAACUGCGAAAUGACACUGAAGCCACAGGCGAUAAUAAAGAUUUCAGAGUUCAAAC